CCCUCCUGCAGUAACCACCAUGACUUCCAUCGGCACUGGCUACGAUCUCUCCGCAAGCACAUAUUCUCCAGACGGGCGUAUAUUCCAGGUCGAGUAUGCGAACAAAGCAGUCGAGAAUUCAGGGACUGCAAUAGGACUAAGAGUCAAGGACGGUGUUGUGCUGGCUGUAGAAAAGCUGGUACAUUCGAAACUUUUGAUACCGGAGGCAAACCGUCGAAUACAGGCUAUCGACAAACAUGUCGCUAUGGCUACUGCAGGACUCCUAGCCGACGGAAGACAAUUGGCGAACAGGGCCAGAGAUGAAUCUGCAAGUUAUCGUGAUAACUUCCGGGCUCCAGCACCGUUGAAAUAUCUUGCAGAUCGGUUAGGCUCAUACAUGCAAGUAUAUACCUUGUACUCUUCCGUUCGUCCAUUCGGGAUAAGCACAAUCGUUGGGGGUAUUGAUGAGAACGGACCAUCGUUAUAUGUCAUUGAGCCUAGUGGUGUCUUUUACGGAUACUACGGAGCUGCGGUUGGCAAAGGUCGCCAGCUCGCUAAGACUGAGCUGGAGAAGUUGAACCUCUCCGAACUUACAACGCGCCAAGCAGCAAUGGAGGCCGCCCGGAUUAUACAUCUCGUCCACGAUAAAGCAGAGAAACAUUUUGAGCUGGAGAUGUCAUGGAUCGGUGAUGAGACGAAUGGGCUUCAUCUCCCGGUCCCGAAAGAUCUAUUUGCCGAAGCAGACGCCAAAGCGAGGGCAGCGUUGGAGGAGGAUCUCGAGUAGCAAUCUGUUUACACUGUACAUUUCAAUUCUCCUUCAUGAUAAUUUCAUUCAACUAGACAAAG